UGUAACUUUGUGUAUAUAAUUUGGCAUUUCCUACUGAUGUAGGCCAAAAAUAAAUACAUGAUACCAUUUCAUGUAUUUUAAAGGUUUAUUUGCAAGACACAAAAACAGACAAAACAGAAAGUUCCAAAUGUAUUGUGCACGAAACAAAUUCAAACGUGGCGAUGGAGCCAGGUGCAGAUGUCUGUCACAAGUUAAUCUGGCUGUAGGCUAUGGCACUUAGCCACAGGUGGAGCUAGUUGACUCGACUCCAUUUGAGUGCACACAAAGUAAACUGCACGCUUUAGUUGUGAUUCUGAAAUCGGAGUAAUAGAACGUACGAGGGGAGCGAUAACAACUACAGGAUUCUCCCGAUCGUUUACUCUUGCUGUCCCGUGAGCAGCAUCGGCGUGGUGUUAAUUGUUUGCUGUUUUCGCGAUCGCCUCCUGCAUGAGAAUAUCCAGCGGCUCCUGAAAGGCAAGUCUACCACACAUCUGUUCGACCAAAGCCAGUUGAUCUGCGACGCCAGUUAAUCUGGAAAACUGGAAGCAGGAUUCCUCACGUCAUCACUUAAAGACCGGAUAGCGAUUUUCCUUACUGAGGAGUUGGCCACAUGGUGGGCAUGUGGACAAUUCCUGCCAAUGCUUUGGAAGCAUUUGGAAUGUGUGGAUAAAUGCAUUGAUCUACAAUAGUAAUACACCACAGUAAAGUGUAUGAAGUUUCAUCUGUGUAAAUAGACUUACCGGCAUCUUUCUUUGGUAGACGUGUUCAAAUACUCUAGCGUUUCGGCUCGUGUUGGCGAUCAAUAACGGUGAUCACUUUGAUCAUGGUGUGGGUGAUUGUGCUGCACUGGCUGAUCUGACUAUUUUAGAGACUGCUUAUCUGUUAGCAUUUUCCAGCACAAACAUCUGUAUAAUUUACAGAGAGUGGUACCUGCCUUCAUUAAACACUUUAAUCUUUCAUUAUCAUAUUGGGAUCAUGCUGCUGUUCAUUUGUUUGUUUUUGUUUUUUCACAUUGUGUAAUAAUCACUGGCAGCCACAUCUAAAAAAUAGAUCCUAGAUGAGUGAUUGUUUCUGUGGCAACAUUUGCAACAAUGCAAGAAACCAUAAGCUUGAUUCUCAGUUUCCUUUUAAUCCUUUUUGAUCUUUCUUAUCAUCACAUUCAGUCACUAUUUGCUUGUGUCCCUUCGUUGGACACGAAGGUCUGGAUGAUCAGCAGAUUUGUUACCAGGAGAGGAGUCUCAACCAGGAGGACCCAGAGCCUCCACAGACUAAAGAGGUACAGGAGGAAAUCUGCAGCAGUGAGGAAGGAGAGCAGCUUGAACUGAAGCAGAAGGAUGAAAGCAUUCAUGUCUGGACCGGGGAAGAGCUGGAUUUGUUGUGUAAACCUGGAGUAGAGCUGACCAGGAUGGGUCUGGAUGAUCAGCAGGUCUGUGAUCAGGAGAGGAGCUCUAGUCUCCACCAGCAGGACCCAGAGCCUCCACAGACUAGAGAGGAACAGGAGGAAAUGUGCAGCAGUGAGGAAGGAGAGCAGCUUGAACUGAAGCAGGAGGCUGAAGGCAUUAAUGUGUGGACUGGGGAAGAGGUGGAUUUGUUGUGGAAAUCUGGAGUAAAGCUGACCACAGUAGACCUCCCACAGCAACAUAAUUGUAAGGAAAAUGAGGAUCUGGAUGACCCGCAGGUCUGUAGCCAGGAGAGGAACCCCAGUCUCAACCAAGAAGACCCGGAACAGGAGGAAAUGUACACCAAUCAGGAAGGAGAGCAGCUUGCACGUAACCAGGAAACCAAAGGCAUCGUCGUCUGGACUGGGCAGGAACUAGGCAUCAUGUGGAACCCUGAAGUAAAGUUAAACAGAAUAGAUUUACCACAACAUGACUGUAAGGAUGAGGGAGGGCUCACAGAUCAGCAGGUCUGCAACCGGAAGAACAACUCCACUCUGGACCAGGAGGAUCCUUCGCAGAUUAAAGGGGAACAGGAGAAACUCAGUACCACUCAAGAGGGAAAACCGCUUGUACAAAAGCAGGAGACCGGAACAUUUUCUGCCUGUAAAGAAAGUGACCACAGUGAACCAGGACCAAGCAGUGACCAGCUCCUUUCUCACAACUCUACUGACACAGAUCAGGAUGAAAGAAAGGAUGAUAAUUCACACAGUAUAAAGUCAGCGCAAAUUGUAUCGGGACUGACAGUUCAAAAUUCCAAGACAGCACAUUUAUGUACCACCUAUGGGAAAAACUUUAAUUCUAAACCAAACUUGAAUCAACAUGUACAAAUUCACAAAGGUGGGAAACCACAUUCUUGCGGCACCUGUAGGAAAAGAUUUCGUUUUAUGUCACACGUGAAUAGACACAUGCAAAGUCACACAGGUGAGAAGCCACAUUCUUGUAGUACCUGUGGGAAAAGAUUUCAUUAUAAUUCAGACUUGACUAGGCACAUCAAAACUCACACAGGUGAGAAACAAUAUUCUUGUAGCACUUGUGGGAAAAGAUUUAAUUUAAAAUCAAGUUUGGAAUCCCACAUAACAAUUCACACAGGUGAGAAGCCAUAUACCUGUAGCACAUAUGGGGAAAGAUUUCGUCUAAACACACAGUUGAAGGGACAUAUGCAAAUUCACACAGGUGAGAUGCCAUAUUCCUGUAGCACUUGUGGGAAAGGAUUUCAUUUUAAAUCAAGGUUGAAAUCCCACAUAACAAUUCACACAGGUGAGAAGCCAUAUUCCUGUAGCACAUGUGGGGAAAGAUUUCGUCUAAACCUACAGUUGAAGAGACAUGCGACUUCACACAGGUGAGAAGUCUGAGUCACAGAGAGGGCCCAAACUGUCCAAAGUUGUAGAAUCCCCUAAUUAGUGAAAUUUAUAGCUUACAUUUGUUAGUGCAACUUGUUUUAAAGGCAUGAAAAUCUGUAGUAUUAUUAGGGCUGGACAUCGUCACUGAUUUCUAGAAUUGAUUCG